AUGGGCAUUAGGUCCAGAGUCCAGGCCAGGACGGAUGUCAUGCACAAUGCCAGGAUUGAUGGAUACCUGGUGGUUAUGCGUCUUCUAGCGAGCAAGACAACGAUCCGAAACAGCGAGACCGUGAUGCGUUGGAAGUCUUUGUGUCUGAACGUAAUGGGAGUCAGGGGGCCCGGCUGCCUAUUCCCAGAGGGAGAGCUCUGCAAGUGGCCCCAAUUUGAGGUGCCAAAGGAGUACAAGAAGAAAUCGCCAAUCCUUGGUGGCACUUGA